UAUAUACACUAGUGUGUCACAGUCUUUCUCAGUGCAAGAAACACAUUUAUCUUCUUGUUAGCCAUGGCGUUCAUUAGCUAUUUCCUGUUCAGCAUGUUAGCCAGUCGCUUGCUUCUGUCAUCUAGUCCUGUUGAAGCAGCUCCGAAAGAUGCUCUAGUCACAAGCCUCCCUGGAUUUAAUGGCACUUUCCCUUCGAAACAUUACUCGGGGUAUGUGACAAUCGACUCGGCUACUCCGAAGCACCUCUUUUACUACUUUGUUGACUCAGAAAGAAAUCCAUUGAAAGACCCUCUCGUCUUAUGGCUCAAUGGUGGACCUGGCUGCUCUAGCUUUGAUGGAUUUAUCUAUGAACAUGGACCCUUUAACUUUGAAGCACCAAAGAAACAAGGGGAGUUGCCUAUAUUGCAUCCCAAUCCAUCUAGUUGGUCUAAGGUCUCAAACAUCAUCUAUCUAGAUUCUCCAUCAGGGGUUGGGUUUUCAUACCCAAAUCUUCCGACUGGAGAUCUACAAACGGCCUCUGAUACUCAUGCUUUUCUCCUCAAGUGGCUUGAGCAAUAUCCAGAGUUUCAAGCAAAUCCAUUUUAUAUCAGUGGAGAGUCUUAUGCUGGCAUUUACGUGCCAACUCUAGCAUCCGAAGUGGACAAAGGAAUCAAAGGUGGUAUUAAACCGAAAAUCAAUUUCAAGGGCUACAUGGUAGGAAAUGGAGUUUGCGAGUCUAAGUUUGAUGGAAACAAUGCUUAUGUUCCAUUUGUACAUGGGAUGGGCCUCAUCUCUGAAAGUGUUUUCAAGGAAGCUGAAGCUAAUUGUAAGGGGGACUACGAUAGCGAAGACCUUCCUUGCCAAGCAAUAAUCUCACACAUCGACGGCCUGGUCAGCGGGUUGAACAUAUAUGAUAUACUGGAACCAUGCUAUCACAACAACAAAAUCCCAGAAACAACGUCCACAGACAAUACAAGCUUACCAAAAAGCUUUCAAGAACUGGGAAAGACUGACAAGCCUCUGCCGGUGAGGAAGAGGAUGUUUGGUCGUGCAUGGCCUUAUCGAGCUCCUGUGAGAGAUGGGAUUGUUCCAUCAUGGCCACAAUUAACUCAAUCACUCCACGCCCGAGGAGUUUCCGUCCCAUGCACAGAUGAUGAAGUAGCAACUGCAUGGCUGAACAAUGAAGCUGUGAGGAAGGCAAUUCAUGCUAGUCCGGAGAGUGGGAGUUGGGGGAUAUGCAAUGGCCUUUCAUACAAUCAUGAUGCAGGAAGCAUGCUCCCCUACCACAAAAAUCUUACAUCCGCUGGAUAUCCUGCUCUCAUUUACAGUGGGGAUCAUGACCUGUGCAUCCCAUUCACUGGAACCCAAGCCUGGACUGCCUCCCUCGGCUAUGAAGUUGUGGACCAAUGGCGACCUUGGCUAUCUAACGACCAAGUUGCUGGGUAUUUACAAGAAUAUGCCCAUAAUCUGACUUUUCUCACAGUAAAGGGGUCUGGACACACUGUACCGGAGUACAAGCCAAGGGAGUCAUCGGACUUCUACAGCCGUUGGUUGCAAGGACAAAAGAUUUGAUGUGCCCAUCAACAAGUGGUUUUUGGUUAUCUGGAAAAUCAAGGAUCUGGAACAUCAAUUAUUGUUGCAGUAGCCCAAAAAAAAAA